UUUCGUCAUGACGUCAUUGGUACAGUAUCACAGAGGCAGUUCAGUUCAUUGACCAGGAGAGGGCGGCCGGGAGCCGUUCAGUCCCACAGUGACGUCACUCUCUGUGAGCGAGAUCGGAAAGACGGGCAUGCUAUCGCGAGAGCAGUGUGCCGCGGCCGCAGCACUGGAUGGAAACCUGGAUUGCGCCCCUCUCCUCUCCAUCGUUAUUUUUUUACAGCGACAGCACGAGUCUCGAACGGGACACUAACGGGACCCGAGGCAGAGUGAGAGCAGAGAAGAGAAGAGCCAGGAGACGUUCUGAGGAAUAUAAUAUACAGAGAAUAUCUGGUAUUAGGCUGAACAGAAGGAAAGAACUGUGGAAGGACUGAAGACACCUGCCAGUCAAGACUUACCUGAAAGAGACCACAGCUCUCCGUCCCUCUUUCUACCUCUUCUCUUUGUUUUUCAUUCUCUCUAUCCCACUCUCUCUCUCUAAUGGGAGUAACUUAGAACACGUUGUUCCAUCUCAUGCCCCGGCUCCUCCAUACGUUUCCGUGGCGAUGGGAGCGCCCAGCAGGAAGUGAUGUCGUGGAAGAGGAAUUACUUUGCGUCGGGCGGUGGUGGCGUAAGUCCUGGUGGAGGGCUACAGGGCCUGAUCACGACCCCUCGGACUAUGGCCUCGUUUGCCCCGAGUAAAGGCCUCAGCAAUGAACCUGGACAGAACAGCUGCUUCCUAAACAGUGCUCUGCAGGUUCUGUGGCAUCUGGAUAUCUUCCGUAGAAGUUUCCGUCAGCUGACCACCCACAAGUGUAUGGAAGACUCCUGCAUCUUCUGUGCCCUCAAGAGUAUCUUUGCCCAGUUCCAGUUCAGCAGUGAUCGUGUGUUACCGUCGGACGUGUUGCGGAGCGCGCUAGCCAAGACCUUCCAGGACGAACAGCGCUUCCAGCUGGGGAUCAUGGACGACGCAGCCGAAUGCUUCGAGAACCUGCUGAUGCGUAUCCAUUUCCACAUCAGCGGCGAGACCAGAGAGGACAUCUGUACAGCUGAACACUGUAUACCACACCAGAAGUUCGCCAUGACGCUGUUCGAACAGUGUGUGUGCAGUAGCUGUGGAGCCACGUCGGACCCCCUUCCCUUCAUUCAGAUGGUUCACUACAUCUCUACCACGUCCCUCUGUAACCAGGCAGUGAGGAUGUUAGAGUGCAGAGAGAAGCCCACCCCCGACAUGUUCGGAGAGCUGCUCCACAACGCCAGCAAUAUGGGAGACUUACGCAACUGCCCAAGUAACUGUGGGGAGGUGUUGCGUAUCCGCCGUGUGUUGAUGAACUCUCCAGAGAUAGUGUCCAUCGGCCUGGUCUGGGAUUCAGACCACUCGGACCUGGCUGAGGACGUCAUUCACAGCCUGGGCACCUGUCUACACCUGGGGGAUUUGUUUUACCGUGUGACAGAGGAGAGGGCUCGUCAGGCUGAGCUGUACCUGGUUGGUAUGGUGUGCUAUUAUGGUAAACACUACUCCACAUUCUUCUUCCAGACUAAGAUACGCAAGUGGAUGUACUUCGACGACGCUCAUGUCAAAGAGAUCGGUCCUAAGUGGAAGGACGUGGUUGCGCGGUGUAUAAAGGGUCACUACCAGCCUCUAUUGCUGCUUUAUGCUGACCCCCGGGGGACGCCGGUGGUAACGCAGGACAACCCCCAGCUGGACCUGCUGCACUGCAGCAAGGCUGGAUAUGACAGCGAGGACUCUGGACGGGAGCCCUCCAUAUCCAGUGAUACCCGUACAGAUUCCUCUGACAGCUCCAGCCGCCGAGCAUCUCUAAAUCGCCCUCUCCACCAGUCAACAGGCAGUCACCUGUCCAGUGAAUCGCAGACCGCCAUUGUCAGUAACCAUGACAACAGCACACCGCUACACAGUGCAGACCCAGCAGACCCAGUAGGAGAGACCCCCCGCUGCCCCCCCUCCCCUCCCCUGCAGCAGGGGGACUAUAAAGAGACAGCUGUGUUCCUCCUCUCCUCUCCUCGUCCAUUGUCAUCUUCCUCUUCCUCCCAUCCCCCCUCAUCCUGUUCCUCCCAUCCCCCCUCCUCCUGUUCCUCCCAUCCCCCUUCCUCUACCUGUUCCUCCCAUCCCGUCUCCUCCUCCUACUCUUCCUCCUGUCCCAUGUCCUCUUCCUCCUCCUCGGGGAUAGGGGGGUCUGUGCUGGGAUCUGAGACGGGGGCCGUGGGGCCACACUGGGAGGAUGAGAGCACUAGCAGUGAGUCCAAGUCUAGUUCGUCUGGGGGUCAAUGUUACCGGCCGGCCUGGAGGCCACGGAGGGAGGCCCUGAACAUCGACAGCAUCUUCACCCGCCAGAGAGGCUCUCCGCUGGGCUGCAGCACCAUGCCUGGGCUCCCUCUACCUUCAGCGCUCCAACAUCACUGUCCAACCAACAUGCCUGAUCUGCAGGGGGCAGGAGAGAGGGCCGGGGGUUUAGGUGGCAUGGGGGGAGACACGGAGGGGGUGGCAGGGAUGCCUGGUUUGCUAGGCAACGGCACGGACUGCCCCCCUCCUCCUCCCCCGUUGAGAGGGGCGGAGCCUCAGCCUCGUCUGAUCCAGAGGAUGGAGAGUGGUUAUGAGAGCAGCCCUGACAGGGAGGUAGGUCAGAAGCGUGUGUUGAUGACUGGUCCGUCGUGGCGCUCGGUGCCCAAGUCUAAGAGCACCAGUGCCAUCCUGCAGGAGCUGCCAGCACCUUGCUGGGGUAGCAAUAACAACCUGGGCGUUGGCCGCAGUGAGCUGGAUGAUCUUCAGGAGGAGGUGGUGAGGAGAGCGAGACAGCAGGAGCAGCAGAGGAGGGAGGAGGCAGAAAGAGAAGCUGCCACGACCUUCAACCCCAGACCCUCCAAAUACAUGGACUUAGACCAGCUACAACACCAAGCUGUGCUCAGCCCCCUGCAUGAGGCUAAUGCUCGUGUUGGAUUGGCUGUAGCUGCAUGCAUGAGGAGCACUGGGGAGCCAAUCACACAGGAACAGGAUAUGGAGCAGGAAACAGGACGCGCCAGUCCACAGGGGAAUUGCAGUGAACAGUCUGGCCCGCUCCAAGUACUGCUGACGCCCAAUCAGGAGGGGGAAGAGGUUCGGCCAGCCUACCAGGCUGCAACCCUGGGCCCUGGUCAGCCCCCUCUCCACUCAUCCCUCCCACGCCCUUCCACCAACAGCCCCCCUGCACAGGUUGAGGAGGGUAAGAAGCAACAGGGGAUGAGGCUGGAGGAGUUGUUGCAGGUUGGGGGUGUGUGUGUGAGACCUCUAAGCAGACACCUGGCCAUCUCUCUCCCCUCUCUACCUCUCGGACUCUGGGAUCUCCACCCCUCUCCCUCCACUGCCUCUCCUCAUUGGCCCGAUCAAGGUUCUGCCGCCAACACCGUCACACGUCAUUGGUCCUCCUGGAGCUUGGACCGCCCAGAUGCCGUGGUUACGCCAUAUGACACACCUCCAGACCGCCGCCUCCCCGUUAGGCCACAUCUCCCCUACCGAAACUACAACUCCCAGCCUGCCCCUCGGCAGCAUGACCCCUGUGACCCUGAGGAGGCAGGGUUAUCAGAGCUGGACUUCCUGUACCGGGCCAGCCUCCAGGCAGGAAGUAGAGGUGGUAGUCCAGCCGGGAGGCUGCAGGGUGGGGUAGGAUGGCCAGCUCGUUCCCUCACCCCCAACGCCAACGUGGAGAUGAGUGUGUACCGGACUGACUGCAGCAGCACUAUUGGCCGCAGUCUGAGCGGCACAAUCAUCAACCCGCGUCGCCAUCGUCUCACCGCAACACGCAGCUUUGAGAUGCCCAAUGGUGCAGGGAGUUUCUGGUGUCUGACUGGGGUGAAGCUGUCUUCAGACCACUGA